AUGACUGUCUGGACUACGAGCAGUCCCAAACAUGUCUUCGGAAUUGCAACCAACAGCACCUCCAACAUGAUGUCUCCUGUCGCCAUGAGGCGCAUCGAACAAAUCUUUGGAGUGAAUGGUGGCAGUGGUCGUGGUGACGUUGAGCUAUCACUUCGUCAAGUUUGCCUCAUUGCUACAAUCAAAACAACUAAAUGUGAUUGUCUAAUUUGUGUUUUUUUUUCUCCUGUCUUUUUUUUAGCUAAAUGCAAUUUCGAUCAAGACGAUAAACCGCAUCGCCUCAGCCUGGAUGUUGGUGAUGCUGUCGUUAUAUUAAAGGAGACAACACAUUGGUAUUAUGGAUAUAAACAGAGAAACAAAGAUCAACGCGGCAUAUUUCCCAAAACCUACAUCCAUCUAUGCGAAUAUAAAAUUGUCAAUGGUGAAUAUUGCAUCCAACGAACUGAAAUUGUUGAGGAAAUCACAAAAGUUCUCUUGGAAUGGGGCAGUAUAUUGAAACAAUAUUAUUUGAUCAAUCAUCCCGAUUUUAAUUGUAUACGUCUGAAAAUGAUUGAUUUAAGUAAAAAUCGGGCAUUGCUAAUAUCCGGCAGUUUGCCAGUGGAUGAAAUGCGUAAAAUCAAAUUGGAAGCCACCUCAACAAUAGAUACGGGGAACAAUCUCCUCGGUUUGGAUAUGGUGGUGCGUGAUGAAAGUGGUGAUAUUUUGGAUACAUCGAAAAUAUGCACCACCGAGCUCUAUGAACAUCACAUGAAUGCUGUCAAUAGGAUUAUUAAAGCUAAUCGCCCUCGCACCAUCCAUCAUGGACCCAAACCGCACAAAAACUUCUCCCACAAUAUACUGCUGCACGUGAACGCCUUCGUAUGCAAAUUCCAAGAAGAUUCCGAUUUGAUAUUCACUCUCUUCGAUGGUGAAUCCCACCGACCGAUUAGCGAAAAUUAUGUUGUGAAGUGGUCACGCACCGGUAUUGCCCGUGAUAUCGAUCAAUACGACAAUAAUCGUGUCCUUUUUACUGAUCUCAGCAAGAAUGAUGUCAGUAUUUCGAAAAUGUAUUUAGUGUGUUAUGUCGUCCGCAUUGGCUGUAUGGAAAUGAAAGAGAACGAUUCGAAAAGGGCCAGUAUCACCAAUACCAUGUUGACAGCGGCCAGUAAAAAACAUUCUCAGCUUUCGAUAAGUUCCAGUGGUUCAUUCAGUGGCACCGAGUAUAUUAUGCGCCGACCAUUUGGUGUGGCCUUUAAAGAUUUAACACCGAUCAUCAAUAAACCCGAAGAUGUUAAGAGUAACAUCGAUAUGCCGUUUAUCCUCUGCGAAAAGGAUAAUAUGGAUUUGACCCUAAGGAAAUUGAUAGCCAAUAAAGAUUGGGGUAAAAUUGAAUCGAAAAUGUGUGUCACCGUCGAAGUGUUGCAGGGUGAUAUUAAACAGAUUAAAGAAGAAUUCCCUCGUCUACUGCACACCAAUGUUCCCAUAGCUCGUAAAAUGGGUUUCCCUGAAGUCAUUCUACCCGGCGAUGUUCGUAAUGAUUUAUAUUUGACUUUGUGUUCGGGUGAAUUUGCCCGCAUUGCCAAGACUUCGGAGAAAAAUGUUGAAGUCACGGUGACAGUUUGUAAUGAACAGGGCCAUUGUGUACCGGGUGUUAUGAGUAUUGGUGCGGGCUUGGCGCCCAUAGAUGAAUAUAAAUCGGUGGUUUAUUAUCAUGAUGAUAAACCCAAGUGGUUGGAGACUUUUAAGAUACAUGUCCCCAUUGAUGACUUCAAACAGUGCCACCUGAAAUUUGUCUUCAAACAUCGCAGUUCCAAUGAACAAAAGGAUAAAUCGGAAAAACCAUUUGGCCUGUCCUAUAUUAAAUUAAUGCAGGAUAAUGGUACAACAAUAACGCAAGGUCAACACACAUUGGCUGUUUACAAAAUCGAUCACAAGAAAUUGGAUAAAAAUAAUUCGAACAAUGUCUAUUUGGAAUUGCCUUCUACUGUUAAUGAAUUACAGGGUGCCAAACCCUCAAAUGCUGGAUUUUCGUUAUUACCCAAAGAUCACAUGAUUAUCGGUGUGAAUUUGUGCAGCACCAAAUUGACACAGAGUGUAAGUCUCUUGGGUCUCUUAAAUUGGUCGGCACAUCGUGAGACACUCGAAGAAUCCCUUAAUGCAUUAUCCAAUGUACCUGGUGAAGAGGUUGUGAAAUUUUUACAAGACAUUUUAGAUGCCUUAUUCAAUAUUCUGGUGGAGAAUGAUAAUCCUGAAAAAUAUGAUCAAUUGGUGUUUAUGAGUAUUAUACAUUUGAUAGAAACUGUAUCGGAUUUGAAAUAUCAACAUUUCCUAACCGUAUUAGAUGUCUAUAUCAAUGAAAGUUUUUCAGCAACAUUGGCUUAUGCAAAACUCAUUGAUGUCCUACAACGCAAUGUCCAAGAGGCCAUAGAUCCCAAAGAAAAAUCAGCCGAUGGCAUUGAAAUCGAUGAACGCAUUGAAGUGAAACGUCUCUACAAGACAACCCGAUAUCUACAUUAUGUUAUGAAAUUUAUAAUACGUUCACGCAUAUUGUUUGCAGCGAUUAAUGGCAAUUCGGAUUAUGAGGAUUUUGCCAAUAAAUUACAUGAACUUUUGGAAAUGUUUAUUAAAAUGAUUGCCUGUCCAACGGAUUUGCUUAAAUCCGAAGGAGCUUUACUCAAAAAUUUGCACAUAAUUGCCACGGAUUUAAUGCAAGUUUUCGAUCCCGUGAGAUUAAGCAUUGUCAUUGUGAAUAUUCUGAAACAAUUCCCCCCUAGGCGACUAACCCAAUCGAAAAUGGGUUGUAUUAAGGAUUUUGUCGAUUCGAAAUUAUUCCAUUUACCCGAAUGCCGGGCCAUUCUAUUGCCUGUGUUCUGUAAUCACAUUAAAGAUCGUUUGGAGAGCAAAGAAGAGGGCGAUACGAAAUCUGAUAUCUGGCAACAAGAAAAAAAUCUUUCGAAAGCAGCCAAAGUUCUUGGACAAUUAAAAUCGCAACUGCAUACCCGUGAAACAACAGCUAAACAAAAGGUCACCGAAUGCAUCAACAUUAUGAACAAUAUUCUAAAGCUACUCUAUCGCAAAGAUAUCGGCCAUACACAUAACGAUAUACGUGACAUUAUGCUGAUCCUGCUGAGAACUGUCAUCAAAACCUCCCACAAUUUAGAUCGUGAAAAUCAAUUGGUGGCCAAUUUGGUAGCCAUUAUGUUGGGUAUCCUGCAGUGUAUGGAUGCAUCACAUUAUGAGAUAUUUGUACGACAUCUAAACAAUCGCUUCGAAUUGCAAGAUUUUGUCAUUGAAAUCCUAUUGGUAUUUGAGGAGCUGGUAUCACCACAUCAAAAGCCGGUAUUUCAACGUGACUGGAUGGAUAUGAUAAUGCAUCAGAACACAGUGAUAUUGGGUGCCUUGAAACAGCUGUCAAUUGUAAUAGUCGAUCAUUUUAUUGACCCAUUCGAAAAGCAAGUGUGGUCGAAUUUCUUCCAAUGUUCCAUAGCCUUCCUGAUCCAGUCACCUCUGCAGUUGAAUGACUUCAAUGACAACAAACGGCAAAUGAUCUUUGCCCGUUAUCGUGAUAUACGAAAAGAUACGGCUCAAGAGAUUCGUAAAAUGUGGUUCCAGCUGGGUGAACAUAAGCCACAAUUUGUACCACAGCUUGUGGAGCCCAUUUUGGAAAUGAGUAUGAUACCCGAGGUGGAACUGAGAAAAGCCACAAUUCCUAUAUUCUUCGAUAUGAUGCAAUGCGAAUAUUAUAGUUCGAAACAUAUCCAUGAUAGUUAUGGUGAUACGAAACGCAACAAUGCCCAUUACAAGGCGAACUUUAAUGAAUUCGAAAGAGAAAUGAUUGAAAAAUUGGAUAUCCUAAUUGGUGCCGGUAAAGGAGAUGUGCAAUAUAAAGAGCUAUUCGAACAAAUUAUGCUCGAAAAAUGUAAUGCCCAUAACAUACUCAAUGUGGAGGGUACGAAGUUUGUUAAUAUGGUUACGAAGUUAAUGGAUCGCCUGCUGGAAUAUCGUUGUAUUAUCCAAGAUGAAAGUAAAGAGAAUCGUAUGGCCUGUACUUUUUCAUUGCUGCAAUUCUAUUCGGAAGUUAAUCGUAAGGAGAUGUAUAUACGUUAUGUCUACAAACUGUGUGAUCUGCAUAUGGAAUUUGACAACUACACAGAAGCUGCCUUCACCCUGAAACUCCACACGGAGCUACUCUCCUGGGAUGAUACCGAACUUUCAGCUUUGCUACGCUCCCACCGUCACAUGCAAUGUCGCAGCCAUCGUGAUCUGAAAGAGGCCUUGUAUUAUGAAAUUAUCGACUACUUCGAUAAGGGUAAAAUGUGGGAAUGUGCCAUUGAUAUGUGUAAGGUUCUCGUCCAGCAGUACGAAAAUGAAAUAUAUGACUACAUCAAACUGGCAGAUUUACUCAAGAAAAUGGCCUUGUUCUAUGAAAAAAUACUCAAAGAAAUGAGACACACAUCCGAGUAUUUCCGUGUCUGCUUCUAUGGCUUGGGUUUUCCACGAUUCUUGCAAAAUAAAAUGUACAUUUAUCGUGGCAAGGAAUAUGAGCGAUUGGAUGAUUUUAGUACUCGCAUCCUAAUGCAACAUCCUCAGGCGGAAUUAAUGCAUACGCUGGAAAUGCCCGGUGAAGAUAUAACACAAAGUGAAGGACAAUAUAUACAAAUAAAUAAAGUCGAACCGAUUAUGGAUGAAGCUUUCGCUAAAUUCACAGAUACGAAAAUUAUUUCAACGGAAAUCGUGAAAUAUUUCAAUAAUAAUAAUGUACAGAAAUUUAAAUUUUCACGGCCGUAUCGUGAAAGUUCAUGUAGCGGAGGCUCGGAUGAUGGUGUCGGUAAUUUGUGGUUGGAACGUACCGUGGUGACGAUUAAAUAUCCUCUACCGGGUAUAUUGCGUUGGUUCCCCGUCAUCGAAUCGGAUACUUUUAAGAUUUCCCCACUUGAAUUGGCCGUUGAGACAAUGAAGACGACAAACAAGGAUAUACGCGAUUUAAUUAUUGCCCAUAAAAAUGAUGAAACAAUACCGGUUAACCCCUUGGGCAUGAAGAUCCAUGGUAUUGUUGAUCCCGCCGUUAUGGGUGGUACAAAGAAAUAUGAAGAUGCCUUCCUCACGGCUGAGUACUUGGAAGAACAUCCCGAUGAUAAGGAAUUGGUAGAGGAAUUGAAAGAUUUGAUUGCAGCACAAAUUCCCUUAUUGGAAAUUGCCAUAACACUGCACCGGCAAAAGGUACCCGAAAGUUUAAAACUAUUCCAUGAACGUUUAGAAACAUGUUUUGCCGAUAUGCAGGCUCAAGUGGAGGCCAAGUAUGGCAAGAGGACUUGUGACCUAAAACUAGAUCGUGAUUCGGUAAUAAUGCGCCGCAACAACUCCUUUAUGCCCAGCAUGUGUGAUACCAAUAAUCGUUUGUCCGAGACCAGUAUGGGCUCUUCAGAUAGCGGUCUUUCAAAAUCAACAACACGACCUCCAACCAAUUCAAUUAAAUCCACAUUUGGUUUUGCUUUUAAUCCUAGACCCAGUCUUGGUCAUUCUCCAAGUACAAAAAGCAAAACCAAGGAUAAAACCCCCUCAAAACGUCGAUCGAUCUCAAAAAAGUUGGAUCGUGACGCCCUAAGUCUACCGGUGGCCAAUAGCCAAUGGUAUACAGCACCCUUGACAACGAUAACCUCAACACCGGAAAAAGAAUCAAAUACAUCGAUAAUAUCAGCGUCCAAUACCUCGCUGUGUUCGAAGACCGCUGAUCCGAAAGUAUUAACUGAAGAGCUUACCUCCAAACGCCCCUUGCGAUCGGAAAAAGAAAAGGAACGCCGUUUGUCACGACCGGCCAGUAUUGCAACACCCACAGCAAGUAUGAAAGGUUUUUCGGCUGCCGAUACACAAUCUCUAUCCGGUGCGGAUAGCAGUAAUCGCAACUCCGUGGAGACUACCGAUUCAACAUCCGAAGAGGAUUUAAUACCACCACCAUUGCCUGCCAAAACUCGAGACUCUACAGAUUUUUCUAGUCUCAAUUAUAGUUUGGAUUGGAACAACAGUACAUUUUCAUUGGGCAGUGCCCUGAGUCCGAAUGGCACCAUAACCAGGGGUACAACGUGCUCGAGCACGAACACGACCACCACCAGUAUUGUGAAUACAUCAUAUGAAUAUGUUGAAACCAAAAAUUUUCUAAUAACCACCACGGCCGUGAAUGCUAAUGAUGAUAAAAAGAGGCCACCAACACCACCACCAAAGCCAUCAAGGAAUAGCAAACACAUUCCAUAA